CCAAAUUCAAAACCUUCUUCUGUCUCGACGUGAUUAGCUUUUUCUUUUGUUCAUUACACCUAAAUGAGGAGGUUGACAUAACAUAUCAGAUUUGUGGGUUUGUUUCACUCUAAGUUGGGUUCUAACAUCUUUUGCAAAUUGUAAUGGCAUACCCUUUAGGCUUUCCUCUUAUUCUCUUUCUCUUUCGAGGUUAUGCAUACUCUAUGUUUCUUUGGUAAUGUUGCUCUCUUUAGGCUAUUAUCUGGAAUCAAGUUGAGCAUCUGGCUCGGGGUCUAUUGUAGUUUUUCUGAUAUACCAAGUACAUAGAGUAGUGGGGUAAUUUUAUUUUUAUUAGCAUUGAUGAAAUUAAUGUCUGAUGCAUUAUCUUUACUUUUGCAGAAUUAAUUUCUUUUUCUUGUUUUCUGGGAAUUUCAAUCAGUGUAGGACAUCCCAUAAAUUUUUUGACAGUGAGAUGGGAAUAACAUAUUCAUGUCCUUUUGCCAAUUUUGACGAUUCAGAUAGUAAAUUCGAGUCUUAUUUAGUGAGAACUCUAAGUUUUGGAAGUGAUGGUACACGGAGUACGUUACCGCCUAUUAAUUCCAACAAUGACCAAAAUCCCCAGCAGUCAAAAAUGCAGAAGUCUCACAGUUCUGGGAAAAUGAUGCUUGAAGGAACUCUUAGCUAUAAAAGGAGAGAAUUAGAGGCCAGGAUCGGGCUGAUGUCUCCUGCUUUUGAUAAGGAGGAUAAGACGAUGAGUCGAUCAGACAGUCUUACGAGCAGUGAAGAUAUUUCUGAAAAAACGCAUAGCAUGCCUGAUGAAAAUACUAAAUUGAUUCCAUUAGUACGUGAGAAACAAAGAGAUGAGGCUGCAGUAAAGUUGCAGAAGACUUACAAAAGUUUUCGUACUCGAAGACGACUAGCGGAUUGUGCUAUUCUGGUUGAGCAGAGAUGGUGGAAGGUUUUAGAUUCCGUUGAACUCAAGCAUAGUUCUGUAUCAUUCUUUGACAUUCAGAAACCCCAAACUGCUUUUUCUCGUUGGUCAAGAGCUUUAACAAGAGCUGCUAAGGUCGGUAAAGGUCUGUCAAAAGAUGAAAAGGCUUGUAAGCUUGCUUUACAGCAUUGGCUUGAAGCAAUUGAUCCUCGACAUCGCUAUGGCCAUAAUCUUCAAUUUUAUUACACCAAGUGGCUCCAAGCUGACAGUAAACAACCUUUCUUCUAUUGGCUGGACAUAGGUGAAGGUAAAGAAGUAAAUCUUGAGAAGUGCCCUAGAUCAAAACUUCAUCAACAAUGCAUCAAGUAUCUUGGUCCGGUAGAGAGGGAGGCAUAUGAAGUUGUAAUUGUGGGUGGAAAAUUCAUCUACAAGCAGAGCGGGAGGCUUCUUGAUACGAUGGGAGGACCAGAAGAAGCCAAGUGGAUCUUUGUUCUAAGCGUGUCGAAGGACUUGUACAUUGGGAUGAAGCAAAAAGGAACUUUUCAGCAUUCAAGUUUCUUAGCUGGUGGAGCCACAUUAUCUGCAGGAAGAUUAGUGAUAGAAGAUGGUAUUCUAAAGGCUGUCUGGCCACACAGUGGACAUUAUCUCCCUACAAGGGAGAAUUUUGAAGAAUUUAUGACAUAUCUUGAGCAACACAACAUUGAUGUCACUAUUAUUCAGAAAUAUCCAAGUGAUGGGGAGGAAGGACCCUUUAUUAGGAAAGACGGUGGUUUUGGCCUUCGUAACAGCUUAUCCGCACCAGAUUUUAGCCAAUCCAAUGAAGAGAGCAACACCAAAUGCUCAGACAAGAAGCAGACUGAUUCUACUACAAAAUAUUGCAAGGAUGCUGAAAAUUCAGUUCCAUUGUCAAGGCGAUCCCCAGGAUUACGACCCAAAAUUGUAGUCCAAAUACCACUCAGGGAAGACAUGUUUGAGUUAUUCUCAAAACCAGAGCCUUUGGAUACUCCAGUAGAUGGAUAUGAAACAGCGGAAGAAUAUUUAUCAGAUACAGAGCUUUCGGUUUCAAAGCAGAAUUUAUUUGAUGAUGAAACUAAAGAAGAUUAUGAAGAGACUAUCCCUACAGAAAAGAUAAUGAAGAGAAUAAAUACACAUAAGAGAACGAAGUCGUUCCAGCUAGCUCAUCAAUUAUCUUGUAGAUGGACAACGGGAGCUGGACCUCGGAUCGGAUGUAUGAGGGACUAUCCAACAGAGCUCCAAUUUCGUGUUAUAGAUGAGGUGUAUUUUUCUCCAAGAACUACAUCUCUAACUCCACCGAAAUCUGCUCGACCUCAUACUCCUACCAUCUUUUCUAUAGAAGCAACUGAAGGCAGAAGACGUUAUGGUUCUGAAUCGGCGGUAUUUUUUCAAUCAGCCCCACUAGUAGAAGAGAUGCGAAAAUAUUGUGAUUAGUAGUUAGGAGAAACUAAAUCAUUCUUACAGUACUUCUUUCCUUUUUUUUUUUCCUGAAGUAGCAAAGUUUCUGCCCUUCAGUAGUUCUUUCAAUUGAAAAGUAGCAACUUUAUCAUCAUUUUUUUUCUUGAUCAUAUUUGACAACUCCUAUACAUUUGUAAAGUAGGAUACAUUCAUUCUUUUGUAGAUACACAUAAAAAAGAUCAAAUGAAUUCUG